CGGCCCCCUGCGGCCGCGCCCGGCGGGGGACAGGGCGACGACCCGGGGCGGCUCCGCAGCCUCCUGCCCCUGCGCGCCCGGGACCAGCCGGGUCUUGCGCCCUCCUCCCGGCCGCGGCCAUGCGGGGCGGGCCGGGCUGCGGGCGGCCGGGCAGGACCAGCUGCAGCCCAUGAAUUAAGUGCGGAAGCGGCUCCGCCUCUCGGCGCCCCGAGGAAGCCGGCAGCCCAGGACCUCCUGUUGCUGCCGGUAUCCAGGGAACCCUCCUCCUCCUCCUCUGGGAAAUGCACAGUGGUCGUUGCUAAGGUUGCUUCCACGGUAACAUGCACAUCCUGUUUACACCUUUAUCUGGAGAAGUUGGGCUCGGCUAAUCACACCGGCUUCACCUGGGAGGCUGUAGAAGGAAGCACCCGCUUCCCCCUCCCCAACCCCCCGAUACCUCCGCUGCGAUCCUCCGGUCUCCACGGGGCUGCGGAGUGAGGCUGCCAAGGACUGCCUGUGUCCCCUGCGGGACGUUCGGGGGAGGGAGGUAGAAACCUAGGAGCCAGCAUUUGUUUGGGGUUUUUGGUUUUUGGGGGUUUUUUUCCAAUUUCCGGGUGCAUCUGCUUUGACUCUGGUUGUGUUGGCAAGAUGACCAACAACUCUGCAGACCACCAUCCUGGCAACUCUGUUGCCGAAGGCAACCAUGAAGGGGACUUUGGUUGUUCCGUGGUUGAACUACGAAACCUCAUGGAGCUCCGGAGCUCCGAGGCCGUCACCAGGAUAAACGACACCUACGGGGGAGUGCAGAACAUCUGCAAGAGGCUGAAGACCUCGCCAGUAGAAGGUAAGGGGCUGAGAAGUGGGAGCCCCACGGACCUGGAGAAGCGGAGGCAGGUGUUUGGCCAGAACUUCAUUCCUCCCAAGAAGGCCAAGACUUUCCUGCAGUUAGUGUGGGAGGCGCUUCAGGACGUCACACUGAUCAUCUUGGAAAUCGCAGCCAUAAUUUCCCUGGGCCUGUCCUUCUACCACCCGCCGGGCGGGGACAACGAAUUGUGUGGCCAAGUGUCAGGUGGCAUGGAGGACGAGGGGGAGUCGCAGGCCGGCUGGAUCGAGGGGGCGGCCAUCCUGUUCUCAGUGAUCAUCGUGGUGCUGGUGACUGCAUUCAAUGACUGGAGCAAAGAGAAGCAGUUCCGGGGCCUCCAGAGCCGAAUCGAGCAGGAGCAGAAGUUCACGGUCAUUCGCAAGGGGCAGGUGAUCCAGAUCCCUGUGGCUGAGAUCGUGGUGGGGGACAUCGCGCAGAUCAAAUACGGUGACUUGUUACCAUCUGACGGCAUCCUGAUUCAAGGCAAUGAUCUGAAAAUUGAUGAGAGCUCUUUGACUGGGGAGUCGGACCACGUCAAGAAGUCCCUGGACAAGGACCCCAUGCUGCUUUCUGGUACCCAUGUGAUGGAGGGCUCCGGGAGGAUGGUGGUGACUGCUGUGGGCAUCAACUCGCAAACUGGAAUCAUCUUCACUCUGCUGGGUGCAGAAGGAGAUGAGGAGAAGAAGGUGAAGAAAGGUAAAAAACCAGGAGCCCCCGAAAAUCGCAACAAAGCUAAAACUCAGGAUGGUGUGGCCCUAGAAAUCCAGCCCCUGAAGAGCCAGGAAGGAGUAGAGAAUGAGGAAAAAGAGAAGAAGAAGGUGAAAGUCCCCAAGAAGGAGAAGUCUGUGCUACAAGGGAAGCUGACCCGCCUUGCAGUGCAGAUCGGGAAGGCAGGACUGAUCAUGUCAGCUAUCACCGUCAUCAUCCUGGUGCUGUACUUUGUGAUCGACAACUUUGGCGUGCAGGGCAGGCCCUGGCUGGCAGACUGCACCCCCAUCUACAUCCAAUACUUUGUCAAGUUCUUCAUUAUCGGCGUCACCGUGCUGGUGGUGGCUGUGCCCGAGGGCCUGCCGCUGGCCGUCACCAUCUCCUUGGCCUACUCUGUCAAGAAAAUGAUGAAGGACAACAACCUGGUGAGGCACCUGGAUGCUUGCGAGACCAUGGGCAAUGCCACGGCCAUCUGCUCGGACAAGACUGGCACACUCACCAUGAACCGCAUGACCGUGGUGCAGGCGUACGUGGGCGACACCCAUUACCGGCAGAUCCCCGACCCCGAAGCCAUCCUGCCUAAGGUCCUGGACCUCAUUGUCAAUGGUGUUGGCAUCAACUCAGCCUACACCUCAAAGAUCCUGCCACCAGAGAAGGAAGGGGGGCUCCCACGGCAAGUGGGGAACAAGACCGAGUGCUCCCUGCUGGGCUUUGUCCUGGAUUUGAAGCAAGACUACCAGGCGGUCAGGAACGAGGUGCCCGAGGAAAAGCUCUACAAGGUGUACACCUUCAACUCGGUGCGCAAGUCCAUGAGCACGGUGCUGAAAAACGCAGACGGCAGCUUCCGCAUGUACAGCAAGGGCGCCUCCGAGAUCAUCCUGCGCAAGUGCGCAAAGAUUUUGGACAAGAAUGGGGACCCACGGCUGUUCAAGAUGAAGGACCGCGAUGAGAUGGUGAAGAAGGUGAUUGAGCCCAUGGCCUGCCACGGGCUGCGCACCAUCUGCCUAGCUUACCGGGACUUCCCGGCCGGCGCCGAGCCCGACUGGGACAGCGAGAACGAGAUCCUGGGUGACCUGACCUGCAUUGCCGUGGUCGGCAUCGAAGACCCUGUGCGCCCAGAGGUGCCAGAGGCCAUCCUGAAGUGCCAGCGUGCCGGCAUCACUGUCCGCAUGGUGACGGGUGACAACAUCAACACGGCCCGCGCCAUCGCCACCAAGUGCGGCAUCCUGCUGCCUGGGGAGGACUUCCUGUGCCUGGAGGGGAAGGAGUUCAACCGGCUCAUCCGGAACGAGAAGGGCGAGGUUGAGCAAGAGCAGCUGGAUAAGAUCUGGCCCAAGCUGCGGGUGCUAGCGCGCUCCUCGCCCACGGAUAAGCACACGCUUGUGAAAGGUAUCAUUGACAGCACCGUUGGAGAGCGGAGACAGGUGGUGGCCGUGACGGGGGACGGGACCAAUGAUGGCCCUGCAUUGAAGAAAGCCGACGUGGGAUUCGCUAUGGGCAUAGCAGGCACAGACGUGGCCAAAGAGGCUUCUGAUAUCAUCCUGACGGACGACAACUUCACCAGUAUCGUCAAGGCGGUGAUGUGGGGCCGCAACGUCUAUGACAGCAUUUCCAAGUUCCUGCAGUUCCAGUUGACGGUCAACAUUGUGGCUGUCAUCGUGGCUUUUACAGGGGCCUGCAUCACGCAGGACUCUCCUCUGAAGGCUGUCCAGAUGCUGUGGGUGAACUUGAUCAUGGACACCUUUGCCUCCUUAGCCCUUGCCACAGAGCCCCCCUCUGAGUCCCUGCUGCUGCGCAAGCCCUAUGGCCGUAACAAGCCCCUCAUUUCCCGCACCAUGAUGAAGAACAUCCUGGGCCAUGCGGUGUACCAGCUGACCAUCAUCUUCACCUUGCUCUUUGCAGGCGAGAAGUUUUUUGACAUCGACAGUGGCCGGAAUACUCCCCUCCACUCACCCCCCACUGAACACUACACCAUUGUCUUCAACACCUUCGUCAUGAUGCAGCUCUUCAAUGAGAUCAACGCCCGCAAGAUCCACGGCGAGAGAAACGUCUUUGAGUCCAUCUUCCGGAAUCCCAUCUUCUGCACGGUGGUUCUUGGCACCUUUGGCGCGCAGAUCCUCAUCGUGGAGUUUGGAGGAAAGCCAUUCAGCUGCUCUGGGCUCACCUUGAGCCAGUGGUUCUGGUGUAUUUUUAUCGGUGUAGGCGAGCUGCUCUGGGGACAGUUGAUCUGCACUGUCCCAACCAGCCAGUUGAAGUUCCUGAAGGAGGCAGGGCAUGGCAUCACCAAGGAGGAUAUUCCAGAAGAGGAGCUGCCUGAGGACUUAGAUGAGAUUGACCAUGCCGAAAUGGAGCUCCGGCGUGGGCAGAUCCUAUGGUUCAGGGGUCUCAACAGGAUACAGACUCAGAUGGACGUAGUUUACACAUUCCAGACCGGAGCCUCCUCUUUACAGGGAGCCCUCAGGAGACAGCCUUCCAUCGUGAGCCAGCACCACGAUGUAAAAAAUGUUUCUAGCCCAACCCAUGUAGCUCUUUCUUCCGUCAAUUCCACUCCCACCACUUCUGCUGCUGCUGCUGCUGCUGCUGCAUCUCCUACUGCGGGCAAUCAAAGUGGUGAAUGCGUUCCGUAGCUCCUUGUACGAAGGCCUUGAGAAACCCGAAUCCAGAAGCUCCAUUCAUAACUUCAUGACUCACCCAGAGUUCAUCCGGGAGGAAUACGAGUCUCAAACCCCAUUGGAAUACGAGUCUCAAACCCACGAUGACGCUGCAGAUGACCCCGG